AUGGAAGCCCCGUCCAGGUACCCGUCCGUGUUUGUGGUGGACGGGCCAGCGAGGGACGUGCCUUUUGCGCCACCCUUGCCGAGAAGCCAGAAGACACGGCGGCACGGCCAGCUCUUCCUGGGGAUCCUGGUGCUGAUGGCUCUCGCCGGCUUAGCCGUACAAGCCUACUUCUUGAUCUGCUUCCGCAAGGAGCUGGACAAAGCGACGGCACAGGGAUCGGCAAAAACAUCCCCUGAACGACUUAGCCAAGAUCCUGCACCUCCUUCGGAAAAACCUGGUGCUCACCUGAUAGGCGCUUCCUUCACUGCGACUGGGAACGGCACUCUGCAGUGGGAACACAGGCACGGCUUGGCUUUCCUCCAGGAGAUGGACUACAGGGCCGGUUCCCUCGUCUGCCAGAAACCGGGACACUACUACGUCUAUUCCAAGGUCUUCUUGGAGCACACAAGCUGCCCGGCUCGGCAGCAGAAGAGCAUGCUGGUCACGCACAGCAUUUGCAAGAGGACUCCAAAGUACCCAAGGGAGAUUGUGCUUCUGACCAGCAUCAUCCCCUACUGCGGCCCGGAGGUCUGGCGGCAGAACAGCUUCCUGGGCGGAGUGGUAUCGCUCCAGGAGAAGGAGGAGAUCUACGUCAAGGUCUCAGAGAUGCGGCUGGUGAGGGUCAAGGAUGGGACGAGGUCCUAUUUCGGCACCUUCAUGAUCUGAAGGAGAUUCGGACUUUGAGCAGGCGACCGUUUCUGUGGAGCUCUGAGAA